AAAGGAAAAAAAAACCUGUGUUCUUAGAGAGAGAGAGAGAGAGAGAGAAAGCAACUGACAAAGGCAAUCGUCGGACCCGCCACUUGGCGCCGAUCCGCAUAAUCCCCAAAGGGUAGAGAGAGAGAGAGAGAGAGAGAGAGAGAGAUUCUGUGUGUCAACAAUGGCGGAAACCCACGACGGAGCUCCCCACGUGCUCGUGAUACCGUUCCCGGCGCAGGGACACAUGCUCCCACUCCUCGACCUCGCCCACCUCCUCGCGAGGCGCGGCGUGGCCGUGACCGUGGCCGUGAGCUCGGGGAACCUCCCCCUCCUCUCCCCUCUCCUCUCCAAGUCCCCCUCCAUCCAGCCCCUCUCCCUCCCCCUCUCCCACCCCUCCCUCCCCCCGGGCCUCGAGAACGCCAAGGACAUGGCCCCGACCUACUUCGGCAUCCUGAUGCUCGCCCUCGCCUCUCUCCACGGCCCGCUCCUCUCCUGGGCCCGGGCCCACCCGAGGCCCGUCUGCGCCGUCGUCUCCGACAUCUCCGUGGGCUGGGCCCAGCCCCUCGCCGCCGAGCUCGGCGUCCCUGGCUUCGUCUUCUCCCCCUCCGGCGUCCUCGGCACCGCCGUGAUCCACUCCCUCUUCCUGCGCAUGCCCAAGAGGCCCGAGGGCGAGGGCGAGGGCGAGGGCGAGGGCGAGGACUACCUCGUCCCCUUCCCCUCCAUACCCAACUCCCCGAGCUACCCCUUGCCCAAGCUCUCCCGCCUCUUCAGGUCGUACAAGGAAGGCGACCCGCUCUCCGAAUCCGUGCGGCGCAACUUCCUCUGGAACCUCGAGAGCCACGGCUUCGUCGCGAACUCGCUCGAGGCGCUCGAGGAGGCCUACUUGGAGCGCCCGCUCGACGAUCUCGCGCGGAAGCGGGUGUGGGCGGUGGGGCCCCUAGCCGCCGCGGCCGCGGAGGUCGGCGGCGCCGGCGCCGCCGAUGACCGCGGCGGGCCCAGCUCGGUGCCGGCGGCGGAAGUGUCGGCGUGGCUCGACCGGUUCCCGGAGGGGUCGGUGGUGUACGUGUGCUUCGGGAGCCUGGCGGUGCUGACGCCGGCGCAGGCGGCGGCGGCGGCGGCGGCGCUGGAGCGGAGCGGGGCGGUGUUCGUGUGGGCGGCGCGGGGGGGCACGGAGGUGCCGGAGGGGUUCGAUAAGAGGGUCGGGGGGCGGGGGCUGGUGCUGCGGGGGUGGGCCCCGCAGGUGGCGAUACUGGCGCACGCGGCGGUCGGGUGGUUCGUGACGCACUGCGGCUGGAACUCGCUGGUGGAGGCGGCGUCGGCCGGGGUGGCGAUGCUGACGUGGCCGAUGACCGCCGACCAGCACGUGAACGCGCGGCUGCUGGUCGAGGAGGCCGGCGUGGCGCUCCCCGCGUGCGACGGCGGUUUGGCGGCGGUGCCCGACCCCCACGAGCUCGCGCGGACGCUGGCGGAGGCGGUGCGGGGCGAAAGAGGGAGGGCGGUCAGGGAUCGGGCCAAGGAGCUCGGAAGGAAGGCGGUGGAGGCGGUGAGGGAAGGCGGGAGCUCCUACAUAGCCCUGGAGGAGUUCAUUCAGGAGUUGCACAAUUUGAACACUAAAUAAUUAAUCUUUCUGUACUGAAAAAGAGCUAAUAACUAAGACAAUAGACUUCGUCUCCGUUAGGGCUGUUUGGUUUGAUGUAGCUAUAAAAAUAAUAUAAUUAAAAGUAUAUGUUACAGUUAUAA